AUGGCGACCGCCGCCCAGGUCGCCGCCACAUUUCUCUCCUUCCUCUCAUGCCCCCGUCACCACACCGCUCCCUCCCCUUCCAUCUCCUUCCUGACGACCCCUGUAUUGCCCGCCUCGCUCCGGGCCGCUGCCGCGGGGGGCCAAACCCUCACCUUCCGCUGCCGGGGCCGUCGCAUCGCCGUCGUUGCUCAGCUCCCUACUAUGAUUCCAGAGCUAGCUAGCGGGGAGAAGAAAAUCCGCAGGUGGUCAUCGAGGGCGGUGCGAUCAUUUGCAAUGGCGGAGCUGGAGGCACGGAAGAUGAGGUACCCAACCACAGGCACCGAGGGGCUGCUUAUGGGCAUACUCGUUGAAGGAACUAGUGACGCGGCAAAACUUAUGCGUGCUAAGGGAAUCACAUUGCUCACGGUGCGUGACGCGGCAGCAACAAUACUUGGGAAGUCAGAAAUGUUUUACUUCAGUCCUAUGCAUCCACCAUUGACAGAAUCUGCACAGCGUGCCCUUGAUUGGGCUGUAAACGAGAAACUAAAGUCAGGUGAGGACGGAGAGGUAACGGCCAAUCAUUUGUUCCUGGCGAUAUGGUCAGAUAAAGAGUCAGCUGGUCAUAAGGUUCUGGCUUCCCUUGGUUUUGAUGAUCAGAAAGCCAGUUUGCUGGCCAAAACGGCAGGCGAAGAGAAAGCAAUGAGUCCUAGAUAG